ACAUUCACAUUCACAUUCAACCUCUUCUGUGUGUAAAAGUCACAACCGCCCGAGCCAAGCAGGAUGACUUUUGGCGGUUCUGUGGAACUCCUCUCCCUUUUUUUGAUGUGACUCUUCGGGAUCCAGAAUGUUUGUUUCACACGAUUCGCCAGGCGGUCGAUGGGAGAGUCUUGGGGGGAAAAAAGUGGAUUGAAUGUUUCGAAGGUGAGCAAAGGAGCGCAUCCAUGGAGGCUGCAGACCGGGACAUGUUGAUUUAAAAGAGUUCAAGUAUAUCAGGAGCACUCAGUGGGUGCUGGUCAUCCUGCAAGAAUGCGACGAGUCUACACGUGGCUUGUCCGGGAUGUGGUGCGGUUUUUACUUUGCUUGGAGGCUGCGAGGUGUCAACACGUCACAGAGCACAGAAAGGUCCCCCAGAGGACGGAGUCCCUGCAGGACUUCGAAGCAGACCGUGGAGGAAUCCAAGGGUCCUGGGGUUCCUGGGGACCCUGGUCCGCCUGCUCCCUGACAUGUGGAGGUGGCGUACAAGAGCAGAGUAGACCGUGUCUGAGGGUGAGCCCUCAUCUGCGUCCGGGCCACGUCAUCUCAGCCUUGAGGCCUUCAGUUUCUGUCUAUCGGGAUGGCAGUGGUCACGAGGGGAAGAGGAGCCCAUCUGGUGGAAGCAGGAGGAUCAUCCCCAUCAUCCCAGGCAGGUACGGCUAUGGAAGAGCUCCAUUGCAGGAUUCCGGAAGGGUCCAGCGGUCCCAGCCCGACGGACAGAGACGUUCUGCGGUCGCUCACCGCGGUGGGCUCAGGUCGCGCCACCUCCACCGCAGCGGACCCCACACGCAGACCCUCUGGGCGCCGCUCUACCAGCAGGGCCAGAGGGGCCUUCCUUCAGGUGGGCAGCGUUCCGGAUCCCAGGAACCGGAGCCACAACUGGAGCAACCCUACCACCCGCUGCCGGCUUCUUCUUGUACGGGGAAGCACAAUCACCUCAGACUCUGCGACCACAAGGCUUGUCCCACAUCCAGCAAACACAUCAGAGCUGCUCAGUGUUCCAUGCACGACAAGAAGCCUUUUAUGGGCAGACUGUACGAGUGGGAGCCUUUCAAUGAAGUUGCGGGUGAGCAGCACUGCGAGCUCAACUGUCGAGCUGCCGGCUUCAGGUUCUACGUGCGACUGUCCGACAAGGUCGUCGACGGCACGCCGUGCGGACGCAAUGAUACCUCUGUGUGUGUGGCGGGAAAGUGCACGAGUCCAGGCUGCGAUGGAUUCCUGGGCUCCGGGAAGGUCAUAGACAAGUGCGGCGCGUGCGGCGGCACCGACGCCACCUGCCGGCUCGUGUCUGGAUUCUUCCGCCGUUCUCUGACAAAAAUCGGCUAUCACAAAAUAGCUGAGAUCCCGCAGGGAGCAACCAAAAUCAACGUCACCGAGAUGGCCAAGAGCAGCAACUACCUAGCGCUCCGAAGCCGAUCGGGACGGUCCAUCAUCAACGGGAAUUGGGCAAUCGACCGGCCGGGCAAGUAUGAGGGCGGGGGCACCGUGUUCACUUACCGCCGACCCAAUGAAAUCAGCAACACCGCUGGCGAGUCCCUCCUCGCCGAGGGGCCCACCAAUGAGAUCCUGGAAGUUUAUAUGAUCUUCCAGCAGCCCAACCCAGGGGUUCACUAUGAAUACGUGGUCACCUCGGAGACACCACAAGGGAACACCGUGAACGAGCAGGAGGUGGGGCACGACGAUUCCCAACAGGGGAACUACGACCCGGCCAGCAGGGGGAAGUACCCACCUCAUCGCCACGACAACCAGGUGCCACGCCGCCAACGGGAAUACAGCUGGAAGAUGGCCGGCACCAGCGAGUGCAGCACCUCCUGCGGCAAAGGUUUCAGGCAUCCCGUCUUCCAUUGCAUCCACCGGCUAAACCAGGUCCAAGUCGAGGACAUUUUGUGUAACGGGAGCAGUAAACCAAUGCUGCAGGAGGAACCAUGCAACCUGCAGGCCUGCCCCACAUUCUGGGACAUUGGCGAGUGGUCGGAAUGUAGCAAGACGUGCGGUCUGGGCACGCAGCAGCGUCAGGUCCUGUGUCGCCAGACCUAUGCCAACCACACCCACAACGUGCACGCCAGCCGCUGCGGGCACCUGGAGCGGCCUGAGACCGCCGGCACCUGCCAGACCAAGAUCUGCAGCGAGUGGCACAUCCGCUCGGAGUGGAGCGCCUGCUCGGUGCCAUGCGGGCUGGGCCAGAGGUGGCGGGAGGUCCGCUGCGUCAGCAACGUGGGCGACUUUGUCCCCGACACAGAGUGCAACAUGAACCUGAGGCCAGUCCACGUGGAGAACUGUGACAGGGGGGCCUGCGCCAAGAGCUGGUUCUACACAGACUGGAGCACCAAGUGUUCUGCUGAGUGUGGGAUGGGUGUACGAACGCGGGGCAUCUUGUGCCUGACCAAUCACAUGAGCAGCCUCCCUCUAGAGGGUUGUGGUAGCGAGCGGCCCCCCGACUCUCAAGUGUGCAACACAGGCCCUUGCGACAACGCCAUGGAGUGGUUCACCGGCCCCUGGAGUCAGUGUUCUGCAGAGUGCGGUGCUGGCAGCCAGCAGCGGGCGGUGGUGUGUCUUACGAGGUCACACGACGUCGUGGCCGUGGCGCCCCAGUACGAGUGUUCGUCGCUGGAGAGACCGCUCAGCCGGCAGAGCUGCAACGUGAAAGCCUGCGGAGCAAAGUGGUACUACACAGAGUGGAGUGCUUGCUCCAAAACAUGCGAGGGAGGAUUCCGUGUGCGUGAGGUGCGUUGUCUAUCCGAAGACAUGCAGUCCAGCACCGACUGUGAGGAACGGCUCAAACCGGCCGAACGGGAAGACUGCAACCCUGAACCUUGCAUACCUCAAAUAGACGAGCACUGCAAAGACGAGUACUACAACUGCAACGUGGUGGUCCAGGCUCGCCUGUGCGUCUACGACUACUACAAGAAGACUUGCUGCGCAUCGUGCUCGCGCCACCCUCACAGACACUCAGUGGUCCACAGGGGACGCAGCUAAUGCUCGUUGGGACAGGAAGUAGAAAGAUUUGCGUGCUGGAAAGGACCGGAAACCGCUCACCAGAUGGACGGGACAAAUCGAGGAAAAAGCAACAUGGCACCUGUUAAUCUAUUCAGUUAUUGGUCGGAGCUGUCCUGAUGAUGUAUUCAAGAACACUGGGAUUUUAGAUGUAUCCCAUUUGGAGUCAACAAAGUCCAGCCUCCACAACCAGCUGACAACUAGCUAGCGAACUACCUGACUGACGAGCCAACUAUUUGACCAUUUAAAUGACUAACUAGCGACCUAAACAACUAACUCACUACCUUAACUAUUUGACAAACUAAUGUCUGACUUACUAACUAGCUAACAAAAUUAACUAUUUUACUUACUUUAACUAUUUGUCUAAUUAUUUGACUGAUUGACUAACAAACUGCUUAGAGACCUAAUUUAACGCCUUCAAGUAGUUAACUGACGAGCGAGCUAUCACACUAUUUUACAGAUUAACUAGCUAGCUGUUAGACUGACUGUCUAACUCUCUAUCUUACUAAUUGACUAAGUCAAUUAAUGAAAUAUUUAUCUGACUGCUAAAUUAGUUCAAUAGCUGACCAAUAAUUAUUUUCCUAUUUCAUGAAUAAAUAGCUAACUUUGAACAAACUUACUAUUUUAACUGUUUUCCUGACUGCCUAGAUAGCUAACUAACUUUUUAAUUCCACCAAUAUGUAAAUAUAAAUUUAGUCUAAAUGAGUCUUUGGGUGACGUUUGUCUAUUGGGCUUCAUUGAUUGGCUACUAUUUGGUUGGAACUCUGUGGAACUCCAGACUUUGAGACACUUUAUAAUGCGUGAAAUUAAAAUUUUGGAUUUCCCAGUUUUCUUAAAUGCAGCAUCACAAUCUUUAAAAUGAAAAGCAGACAAAAGCAAACGCACAUGGACACUCCUGACUUAAAUGUAAAUAUGUAAGCUUGUUUAAUUUUUAUUUGUUAAAACGACUGUUUAAGAACACUAUUUAUUUAUGUAUCUCUCCUCGGAGAAAAUGCUGUUAAAAAUAUUUGUUUUGCUUUCGCUUAUCUACCAAUGGUGGCCUCCUGGUAUAUUGCUCCCAAAUAUUAAUGUUUAAUUACCGGGGGGGGAGGUUCCAUUCCAAAAUGCUGGAACUGCUGCGCCAUGGAUUACCAUACAUCUUUGCUCAUUCACUUUGCUCCAUUAACUUAUUCACCAACCCUUUUCCCCUCCCUUCUGAGCACACAGCUAUAAAUAUACUGUAUAUUAUGAUACGUUCAGGGACCUUUAUACUCUUGUUGAAAACAGGUUUUGGCUCUUUAAAAAAUACCAGUAAUGGACCGACGUACUAAUUAGAUAGCUUGCAAAGUAACCAUUUUCCUUUAACUAUUUGACUGUCUAGCUAAACCCAAAACAUAUAUACAUACAUAUACAUAUAUAUACAUAUAUAU